AUGGGUGCCCCGAGUGGGUGCCUGGCGCUGGCCUGGGCCCUUGCCACCCUGUUCUUGGUGCAGAAGUCAGGGGUCACGGCAGGUGGUCACUGGCCCACAGCUCUCUCCAUGGAGGGGGUGAUGGUGGUGAGGACGGUCAUCUCCCAGAGCCCCUGGCCGGGGCUGAGCGGUGCUGAGUACCCCAGCCUGCCGCACUGGCUGAAGGUGGUGGGCACUCAGGCCACAGGGAACCCCCCCAGGACUCGGGGCAAUGGGGCCCCCAUGCCUCCCGCCGCCAUGACUGUCAGUUCCAACGCGACUGGCUCUGGUCUUGGGUUUCUGCUAAGUCAUGCCCAGAAGCCUCCCCGACUGCAGACCCAGGGUGGUGUGCAGCCAAGCUGGGCAAGCACGGAGGCUGCUGCGAACAGUCCGCGGGUGGAUGCUGCUUGGAGUGUGACCGUCAUCCCACCCGUCACCAUCUUGCCCACCAUGAGCUUCCUGAACCCUGCGCACAACGGGCGGGUGUGCAGCACAUGGGGCGACUUCCACUACAAGACCUUCGACGGGGACGUCUUCCGCUUCCCGGGCCUGUGCAACUAUGUCUUCUCUGCGCACUGCGGGGCCGCCUACGAGGACUUCAACAUCCAGCUCCGCCGCGGCUUGGCCGGCUCCAGGCCCACCAUCACCCACGUCGUCCUCAAGACCCAGGGGCUGGUGCUGGAAGCCUCCAACGGCUCCGUCCUCAUCAACGGGCAGAGGGAGGAGCUGCCCUACAGCCGUGCUGGCCUCCUGGUGGAGCAGAGCAGCGUCUACCUCAAGGUCACUGUCUGGCUGGGGCUGACCUUCCUGUGGAAUGGAGAGGACAGCGCCCUGCUGGAGCUGGACCCCAAGUACGCCAACCAGACGUGUGGACUGUGUGGGGACUUCAACGGGCUCCCAGCUGUCAACGAGUUCUACUCCCAUAAUGCCAGGCUGACCCCUCUACAGUUUGGGAAUCUGCAGAAGCUGGAUGGGCCCACAGAGCAAUGCCAGGACCCCCCACCUUCCCCAGCCAACAACUGCACAGAUAGGGAGGGCGUCUGCCGCCGCACCCUGCUUGGCCGGGCCUUUGCCGAGUGCAACGCGCUGGUGGAUCCCACCGAGUACGUGGCCGCCUGCACCCAGGACCUCUGCCGCUGCCCUACCUGCCCGUGUGCCACCUUCGCGGAGUAUUCCCGCCAGUGCGCCCACGCGGGGGGACGGCCCCAGAACUGGAGGGGCCCCGACCUCUGCCCCCAGACCUGCCCCCUCAACAUGCAGCACCAGGAGUGCAGCUCACCCUGCGCAGACACCUGCUCCAACCCCGAGCGCUCCCAGCUCUGCGAGGACCACUGUGUGGAUGGCUGCUUCUGCCCCCCAGGCACGGUGCUGGAUGAUGUCACCCAUGGGGGCUGCCUGCCCCUGGAGCAGUGCCCCUGUACCCACGGCGGCCACACCUACGCCCCAGGGGCCUCCUUCACCACCAGCUGCAGCUCCUGCACUUGCUCCGGGGGGCUGUGGCAGUGCCAGGACCUCCCGUGCCCUGGCACCUGCUCUGUUCAGGGCGGGUCCCACAUCUCCACCUACGACGAGAGGCUCUAUGACGUGCAUGGGGACUGCAGCUACGUCCUGUCCAAGAAAUGCACAGGCGACCUCUUCACUGUGCUGGCCGAGCUGCGGACGUGUGGCCUAACAGACAAUGAGAACUGCCUCAAAUCGGUGGCGCUCAGCAUGAACGGUGGGGACACGAUCAUCCAGAUCCAGGCCAAUGGCGGGGUCUUCAUAAACUCCAUCUACACCCAGCUGCCUGUGUCAGCAGCCAACAUCACCGUGUUCAGGCCCACCUCCUUCUUCAUCCUGGUACACACGGGCCUCGGGCUGCAGCUGCAAGUACAGCUGGUACCCCUCAUGCAGGUGUUCCUCAGGCUGGACCCCUCCUACCAGGGACAGAUGUGCGGCCUGUGUGGGAACUUCAACCAGAACCAGGCCGAUGACUUCCGCGCCCUCAGCGGCGUGGUGGAGGGCACAGCUGCCGCAUUCGCCAACACCUGGAAGACCCAGGCCGCCUGCCCCAACGUCAAGAACAGCUUUGAGGACCCCUGCUCCCUCAGCGUGGAGAACGAGAACUAUGCUCGGCACUGGUGCUCCCUGCUGACCGACCCGGCCGGAGCCUUCUCACGCUGCCACUCUAUCCUCAACCCUGCGCCCUUCCACUUGAACUGCAUGUUCGACACGUGUAACUGUGAGAAGAGCGAGGACUGCCUGUGUGCGGCCCUGUCCUCCUAUGUGCAUGCCUGCGCCACCAAGGGGGUGCUGCUCAGCAGCUGGAGGGAUGGCGUGUGCACCAAGUAUAUGAGCAGCUGCCCCAAGUCCCAGAACUACACGUAUGUGGUGGAGAGCUGCCAGCCCACCUGCCGCGCUCUGAGCCAGGUGGACGUCACCUGCGGUGUCUCCUUCGUUCCCGUGGAUGGCUGCGUCUGCCCCUCGGGCACCUUCCUGGAUGAUGCGGGUGCUUGUGUGUCCGCCGAGGCCUGCCCCUGCUACUUCCAUAGCUCUGUGGUGGCUCCGGGGGAGGUGGUACACGACAACGGCGUGGUGUGUUCGUGUGCGGGUGGGAAGCUAAGUUGCCUGGGAGCAGCAGAGCAGAAGAGCUCAGGAUGCACGGCCCCCAUGGUGUACCUGGACUGCAACAACGCCUCGGCAGGCACGCCGGGGGCCGAGUGUCUCAGGAGCUGCCACACGCUGGACGUGGACUGUUUCAGCACCCACUGCGUAUCUGGCUGCGUGUGCCCCCCGGGGCUGGUGUCGGACGGGAGCGGGGGUUGUGUGGCCGAGGAGGACUGCCCGUGUCUGCACAACGAGGCUGCCUACAAGCCCGGGGAGACCAUCAAGGUCGCCUGCAACACCUGCACGUGCAGGAACCGCAGGUGGGAGUGCAGCCACAAGCCAUGCCUGGGCACCUGCGUGGCCUAUGGGGACGGCCACUUCAUCACCUUUGAUGGGGAGCGCUACAGCUUCGAAGGGAGCUGCGAGUACACACUGGCCCAGGACCACUGUGGUGGGAAUGGCACCGCCAACGGGACCUUCCGCGUGGUCACCGAGAACGUCCCCUGCGGGACCACAGGUGUCACCUGCUCCAAGGCCAUCAAGCUGUUCCUGGAGAACUACGAGCUGAUCCUGCACGAGGGCACCUACAAGGUGGUGCAGCGGGGCCCGGGCAGAGGCCUGCCCUACAAGGUCCGGUACACAGGCAUCUACCUGACUGUGGAGACUCAGAGUGGCGUGCUGCUGUCCUGGGACCGAAAGACAAGCGUAUUCAUCCGGCUGCGGCAGGACUACAAGGGCCGGGUCUGCGGGCUGUGCGGGAACUUUGACGACAAAGGUGUCAAUGACUUCACCACGCGGAGCCAGUCCGUGGUGGGCAGCGCCCUGGAGUUUGGCAACAGCUGGAAAUUCUCCCCGUCCUGCCCUGACGCCCCAGCCCCCAGGGACUCCUGCACUGCCAACCCCUACCGCAAGUCCUGGUCUCAGAAGCAGUGCAGCAUCAUCAACAGCGCCACGUUCGCCGCCUGCCAUUCUCAGGUCGACCCCACCAAGUACUAUGAGGCCUGUGUGGGCGAUGCAUGUGCCUGCGACUUGGGGGGCGACUGUGAGUGCCUCUGCACGGCCGUGGCUGCCUACGCCCAGGCCUGCCGUGACGUGGGCGUGUGUGUGUCCUGGAGGACCCCGGACAUCUGCCCCUUGUUCUGCGACUAUUACAACCGUGAGGGCCAUUGUGAGUGGCACUACCAGCCGUGCGGGGCGCCCUGCAUGAAGACCUGCCGGAACCCCAGUGGGCGCUGCCAGAUGGACCUGCCGGGCCUGGAAGGCUGCUACCCCAGGUGCCCACCCAGUGAGCCGUUCUUCAGCGAGGACCAGAUGAAGUGCGUGGCCCAGUGCGGCUGCUAUGACGAGGACGGGAACUACCACGACGUGGGCGCGAGGGUCCCCGCGGCAGAGAACUGCCAGAGCUGUGAAUGCACGGCCGGCGGCCUCCGCUGCACGCACAGCCUCGAAGCCUGCACGUGCGUCUAUGAGGGCCAGACCUACCACUACGAGGACGUCAUCUACAACACCACGGACGGGCUGGGUGCCUGCCUGAUUGCCAUCUGCGGACACGAAGGAAGGAUAAUUCGGAGGACCAUGGAAUGUCCCGGGACACCCUCCACAACUCCCUUCACCUUCACCACCACCGCGGCCCCGCUCUCCACGACAGGCUCAGGCACCACCUUCCCCACCGUGUGUGUGCGCGAGCGCUGCCUCUGGUCUGACUGGUACGACAGCGGCCGCCCGGAGCCUGGCAUGGCAGGUGGAGACUUUGAGACGUUUGCGAACCUGAGGCAGAGCGGUCACCAGGUCUGCCCAGCCCCGGCGAGCAUCGAGUGCCGAGCACAGGGGCUCCCUGACACCCCACUUCAGCAGCUGGGCCAGAAGGUGGAGUGUGACGUGGCCCAGGGGCUGACGUGCCUCAAUGCUGAGCAGAGCCCCCCACUCUGCCACAACUACGAGGUGCGGGUCCUCUGCUGUGACUACGUGCCCUGCGGCACCUCCCCUGGCACCAUCAGCCUGCAGACUCCGACCGAGUCCCUGCCCACCCCCCGCACGCAGACCCCACCUGCCGAGCCCACCACAACAGGGACCUGGGCACCGAGCAGCUCCGCAACCUUGGCGACCACCUCCUGUCAGCCCCGGUGCCAGUGGACGGAGUGGUUCGAUGAGGACUACCCCAAGUCCGAGGAGGCCGGUGGGGACGUCGAGUCCUACGACAGGAUCCGGAGUGCAGGAGGGGCCGUGUGCGAACAGCCUCAGGACAUCGAGUGCCAGGCCGAGAACUUCCCCGGCAGGAGCCCUGAGUCGCUGGGCCAGCGCGUGCACUGUGACGCCAGCUUCGGCCUGGUGUGCAGGAACCAGGAGCAGGUGGGCCUCUUCAAGAUGUGCUACAACUACAGGAUCCGCGUGUUCUGCUGUAGCCGUGACCACUGCGAGCAGCCCACGCCCCAGCCACCGACACAGACACCACCGCUGAGAUCCACGGGAGGCCCCUCAAGUGGACCCACCCCAGUGUCGGGGACCACGCAGAUCCUCAUGACUCCCACAACAGGCACUGUCUCCACUGGCCCCCUGUCCACCUCACACACUGAGAUGCACACAACAAGAGCAAAGACAUCCCUGGAAACCCUGGUGACUGCCACCACCGAGGCCACCAGCAGCCAGGGCACGACCGGCUGUCAGCCCCAGUGCGAGUGGACAGACUGGUUUGACGUGGACUUUCCAACCUCAGGGGUCGAGGGUGGGGACAUGGAGACCUUUGAGAACAUCAGGAUUGCUGGGGGCACGCUGUGCCAGGAGCCCCAGCGCAUCCAGUGCCGGGCAGAGAACUACCCCGAGGUCAGCAUCGACCAGAUUGGACAGGUGCUCACCUGCAGCCUGCACACAGGGCUGAUCUGCAGGAACCAGGACCAGAAGGGGCCCUUCAACAUGUGCUUCAACUACAAUGUCCGAGUGCUCUGCUGCCACCCGUCCCCGCACUGCCCCAGCACAGCUGCUCCCAGCACGGUCACCCUCAGCACGGCUGCCCCAAGCACCACCUCGACCACACCGUCCAUUCAGACCUAUGCCUCCUCCCCUGAGGCCACCUCCACAGCCCCCUCGCCAGCCCCGCAGACCACCCGCACCCUAGUGACCCCCACCACCAUGGCCACCACUAUCUUCCCCUCCGUGCCCAUCACCCGGGUCUCCACAGGCAGCCCCCGCAGCAGUGAGUCCCCAACCUGGCACCCCAAGACCUCGCCUGGACAGCCCACCACGCUGCCCGGCACAGCACAGGCCACCUCCAGCACAGGGCCUGGCACCAGAGCCUCCCCAUCGCCCCCCACAAUUCAGGCCACCAGCUCUCCGUGGAGCACCACCAUACGUCUCUCCGCGGGCACAUCCAGGGCCACAGCACCCACAGGCAAGACCCAGACCUCCCUACUUGUCACUUCCAGCCACACCCAGAGCCCCACCUCCCCAGUGGCCGGGUCCACAGCCUGUGAACCCCGCUGUGCUUGGACGGACUGGAUAGAUGAGAGCUACCCGACGCCAGGGGUGUCUGGUGGGGAAUUUGAGACCUACACCAACAUCCGGGCAGACGGCAAAGCCAUCUGCAAGCAGCCACUUGACCUGCAGUGUCGUGCAGUGACCCUGUCUGACAACACCUUGGAGAUGCUGGGCCAGGUGGUGCACUGUGGGCUGCCGGAGGGCCUGGUUUGCCGCAAUCAGGACCAGGACGACCGGCUCAAGAUGUGCCUCAACUACAAAAUCCGAGUGCUCUGUUGUGAGGACUACAGCCACUGUGCCAGCACCCUGGCCACCACCGUGGUGAGCCCGCAGGGCACCAGCCCAGGUCUGACCCCCACACUGGCCACCAGCACCACUGUCCAACCUCCAAUGACCCCCAGUCCUAUGGCCCCCAGCACUGGCCAAACUGUGGCCACCUCCACCUGCCAGCCCACCUGCCGCUGGACCAAAUGGAUGGACAGUGACCAACCCCUGCCCGGUCGCUACGGGGGUGACAUUGAAACCUACUACCACAUCCAGGAUGCCGGUGGCCAGCUCUGUGAGGAGCCCGAGGCCAUCGAGUGCCAGGCGGUGCUCUACCCAGACACACCCCUGGAGCAGCUGGACCAGGUGGUGUAUUGUGACGUGAGCUAUGGGCUCAUCUGCAGAAACAACCGGCAGAGGGGGGCCGGCCCUGCCUCAACUACCACAUCCGCGACCACCCAGAGGGUCCCUACCUCCACCACACAGACCUUUCUUUCUUCCUUUGGGACCACCGAGGGGGUCACUGCGUCCACCACCCAGACAGGCCCCUCUUCCCCAGGGACCCCCCAGAGGGUCUCAGAAUCCACUACCCAGACCCUUCCUACCCCUGCCAGGACCACAGAGAGGGUCUCCAGCCUCAGUCCGUCUGCCUCCCCGAGGUUGCCCACCACAAUCACCAAGCCCACCUCACCCAGUGCCCCCACCUCGGGCCCUGUGGUGACCUCUAGCAGGUGGAUCUCCUCCAAGUCCCCGGCCAGCACAUCCACCUUCGGGACCACGUCGGUCUCCAGGCCCCCACAGCCCAGCUCCAGCACACACACCUUGGCCACGUCGUCCUCCACGGGCUGCAGCCCACGGUGCACGUGGACAGACUGGUUCGACGAGGACUACCCCACGCCAGGCCUGGACGGCGGGGACUUCGAGACCUUCUCGGUCUUCCGCUCAGCGGGCCUCAGCUUCUGCCAGCACCCCCAGGACAUCCAGUGCCGAUCAGAGAAGGCGCCGGACACGCGUCUGGAGGACCUGGGGCAGGUGGUCCAGUGCAACGUGAGCUUCGGGCUGGUGUGCCGCAACCGGGAGCAGCCGGGGCCGCUGCGCUACUGCCACAACUACCACGUGCGCCUGCUGUGCUGUGAGGACAAUGGCCACUGCCCCUCUGCCACCACCACCUCCACGGCGCCCUCGACGUCCCCUAAAGUCUUCAGUACAACCAGCAGCACAGGUCAAAGCUCACCAGGGGUUACCUGGCUACCGACCACGGCCACCCUCCCUUCCUCCCCCAGGACCAACCAGAGGGUCCCUACGUCCACUACCCAGACCUUUCCUUCUUCCUUUGGGACCACUGAGGGGAUCACUGUGUCCACGACCCGGACAGGCCCCUCUUCUCCAGGGACAACCAAGAAGGUCACUGUGUCCACCAUCCAAACAGUCCCCUCUUCCCCAGAGACCACGCAGGGGGUCACUGUGUCCACCACCCAGACAGCCGCCUAUUCCACUGGGACAACCAAGAGGGUCCUUGUGUCCACCAGGCAGACAGGCGCCUCUUCCCCAGGGACCUCCCAGGGGGUCACUAUGUCCACGACCCAGACAGGCCCCUCUUCUUCAGGGACAACCGAGAAGGCCACUGUGUCCCACCGACAGCCCCUCCCCAGGACCCGAGUCACUGUCCCACCCAGACAGGCCCCUCUUCAGGACCCAGAGGCACUGGUCCACCACAGACAGCCCUCUUCCCAGGACCCCGAGGGUCACUGCGUCCACCACCCAGACAGGCUCUGCUUCCCCAAGGAUGACCUCCCAGAGGAUCACUGCAUCGACCACCCAGACAGGCCCCUCUUCCCCAGUGACAACCGAGAAGGCCACUGUGUCCACCAUCCAGACAGUCCCCUCUUCCCCAGGGACCUCCCAGGGGGUCACUACGUCCACCAUCCAGACAGGCCCCUCUUCUUCAGGAACAACCGAGAAGGUCACUGUGUCUACCACACAGACAGUCCCCUCUUCCCCAUGGACCACCCAGGGGGUCACUGUGUCCACCACCCAAACAGGCCCCUCUUCCCCAGGGAUAACCAAGAAGGUCCUUGUUUCUACCACCCAGACAGGUCCCUCUUCCCCAGGGACCUCCCAGAAGGUCACUGCGUCCACCACCCAGACAGGCGCCUCUUCCCCAGGGACCUCCCAGGGGGUCGCCACGUCCACCAUCCAGACAGGCUCCUCUUCCCCUGGGACAACCGAGAAGGCCACUGUGUCGACCAUCCAGACAGGCCCCUCUUCCCCUGCAACCUCCCAGGGGGUCGCCACAUCCACCAUCCAGACAGGCCUUUCUUCCCCAGUGACCUCCCAGAGGCUCACAGCGUCCACCACCCAGACAGGCCCCUCUCCCCCAGUGACCUCCCAGGGGAUCACUGUGUCCACCACAGAGACAAGCCCCUCUUCCCCACAGAUAACCAAACAAGUCCUUAUAUCUACUACCCAGACAGGCCCCUCUUCCCCAAGGACCUCCAAGAGGCUCACUGCGUCCACCACCCAGACAGGCCCCUCUUCCCCGGGACAACCGGGAAGCCACUGAUCCACCAUCCAGACAGGCCCCUCUUCCCCAGGGACCUCCCAGAGGGUCACUGCAUCCACCACCCAGACAGGCCCCUCUUCCCCAGGGACCUCCCAGGGGGUCACUGUGUCCACCACCCAGACAGGCCCCUCUUCCCCAGGGACCUCCCAGGGGGUCACUGUGUCCACCACCCAGACAGGCCCCUCUUCCCCUGCGACCUCCCAGGGGGUCACUGUGUCCACCACCCAGACAGGCCCCUCUUCCCCUGCGACCUCCCAGAGGACAGGCCCCUCUUCCCCAGCGACCUCCCAGGGGUCACUGUGUCCACCACCCAGACAGGCCCCUCUUCCCCUGCGACCUCCCAGACCACAGAGAGGGUCUCCAGCCUCAGUCCGUCUGCCUCCCCGAGGUUGCCCACCACAAUCACCAAGCCCACCUCACCCAGUGCCCCCACCUCGGGCCCUGUGGUGACCUCCAGCAGGUGGAUCUCCUCCAAGUCCCCGGCCAGCACAUCCAUCUUCGGGACCACGUCGGUCUCCAGGCCCCCACAGCCCAGCUCCAGCACACACACCUUGGCCACGUCGUCCUCCACGGGCUGCAGCCCACGGUGCACGUGGACAGACUGGUUCGACGAGGACUACCCCGUGCCAGGCCUGGACGGCGGGGACUUCGAGACCUUCUCGGUCUUCCGCUCAGCGGGCCUCAGCUUCUGCCAGCACCCCCAGGACAUCCAGUGCCGAUCAGAGAAGGCGCCGGACACGCGUCUGGAGGACCUGGGGCAGGUGGUCCAGUGCAACGUGAGCUUCGGGCUGGUGUGCCGCAACCGGGAGCAGCCGGGGCCGCUGCGCUACUGCCACAACUACCACGUGCGCCUGCUGUGCUGUGAGGACAAUGGCCACUGCCCCUCUGCCACCACCACCUCCACGGUGCCCUCGACGUCCCCUAAAGUCUUCAGUACAACCAGCAGCACAGGUCAAAGCUCACCGGGGGUUACCUGGCUACCGACCACGGCCACCCUCCCUUCCUCCCCCAGGACCAACCAGAGGGUCCCUACGUCCACUACCCAGACCUUUCCUUCUUCCUUUGGGACCACUGAGGGGAUCACUGUGUCCACGACCCGGACAGGCCCCUCUUCUCCAGGGACAACCAAGAAGGUCACUGUGUCCACCAUCCAAACAGUCCCAUCUUCAGGGAUAACUGAGAAGGUCACUGCAUCCACCACCCAGACAGGCCCCUCUUCCCCAGGAACCACCCAUGAGGUCACUGUGUCUACCAUCCAGACAGGGCCCUCUUCCUCAGGGAUAACCAAAAGGGUCCUUGUGUCUACUACCGAGACAAGCCCCUCUUCUCCAGGGACGUCUCAGAGGGUCACUGCAUCCACCACCCAGACAGGCCCCUCUUCCCCAGAAACCACCCAUGGGGUCACUGAGUCUACCAUUCAGACAGGCCCCUCUUCCCCAGGGACCUCCCAGGGGGUCACUACAUCCACCACCCACACAGGCCCCUCUUCCCCAGUGACAACCAAGAGCGUUCUUCUAUCCACCACCCAGACAGGCCUCUCUUCCCCAGGGACCUCCAAGAGGGUCACUGCGUCCACCAUCCAGACAGGCCGCUCCUCCCCAGGAAGCACCCAGGGGACCACUGUGUCCACCACACAGACAGGCUCUUCCUCCCCUGGGACAACUGAGAAGGCCACUGCGUCCACCAUCCAGACAGGCCCCUCUUCCCCAAGGACCUCCCAGGGGGUCACGACGUCCACCACCCAGACAGGGACCUCCCAGGGGGUCACUGUGUCCACCAUCCAGACAGGCCCCUCUUCCCCUGCGACCUCCCAGGGGGUCACUGCAUCCACCACCCAGACAGGCCCCUCUUCCCCUGCGACCUCCCAGAGACUCACCGUGUCCACCACCCAGACAGAGACUCACCGUGUCCACUACCCAGACAGGCCCCUCUUCCCCAGGGACCUCCCAGAGGGUCACUGCAUCCACCACCCAGACAGGCCCCUCUUCCCCAGGGACCUCCCAGAGGGUCACUGCAUCCACCACCCAGACAGGCCGCUCUUCCCCAGGGACCUCCCAGGGGGUCACUACUUCCACCACCCAGACAGGCCCCUCUUCCCUGCGACCUCCCAGAGGGUCACUGUGUCCACCACCGACACAGGCCCCUCUUCCCCUGCGACCUCCCAGAGACUCACCGUGUCCACUACCCAGACAGGCCCCUCUUCCCCAGGGACCUCCCAGGGGGUCACCGUGUCCACCACCCAGACAGAGACUCACCGUGUCCACUACCCAGACAGGCCCCUCUUCCCCAGGGACCUCCCAGAGGGUCACUGCAUCCACCACCCAGACAGGCCCCUCUUCCCCUGCGACCUCCCAGAGACUCACCGUGUCCACUACACAGACAGGCCCUCUUCCCCAGGGACCUCCCAGAGGGUCACUGCAUCCACCACCAGACAGGCCCCUCUUCCCCUGCGACCUCCCAGAGGACUCACCGUGUCCACUACCCAGACAGGCCCCUCUUCCCCUGGGACCUCCCAGGGGGUCACCGUGUCCACCACCCAGACAGGCCCCUCUUCCCCAGGGACCUCCCAGGGGGUCACUGUGUCCACCACCCACACAGGCCCCUCUUCCCCUGCGACCUCCCAGAGACUCACCGUGUCCACUACCCAGACAGGCCCCUCUUCCCCAGGGACCUCCCAGAGGGUCACUGCGUCCACCACCCAGACAGGCCCCUCUUCCCCAGGGACCUCCCAGGGGGUCACUGUGUCCACCACCCACACAGGCCCCUCUUCCCCUGCGACCUCCCAGGGACUCACCGUGUCCACCAUCCAGACAGGCCCCUCUUCCCCAGCGACCUCCCAGAGGGUCACUGCAUCCACCACCCAGACAGGCCCCUCUUCCCCUGUGACCUCCCAGAGACUCACCGUGUCCACUACCCAGACAGGCCCCUCUUCCCCAGGGACCUCCCAGAGGGUCUCUGUCUCUACCACCCAGACCCUUCCUACCCCUGCCAGGACCACAGAGAGGGUCUCCAGCCUCAGUCCGUCUGCCUCCCCGAGGUUGCCCACCACAAUCACCAAGCCCACCUCACCCAGUGCCCCCACCUCGGGCCCUGUGGUGACCUCCAGCAGGUGGAUCUCCUCCAAGUCCCCGGCCAGCACAUCCAUCUUCGGGACCACGUCGGUCUCCAGGCCCCCACAGCCCAGCUCCAGCACACACACCUUGGCCACGUCGUCCUCCACGGGCUGCAGCCCACGGUGCACGUGGACAGACUGGUUCGACGAGGACUACCCCGUGCCAGGCCUGGACGGCGGGGACUUCGAGACCUUCUCGGUCUUCCGCUCAGCGGGCCUCAGCUUCUGCCAGCACCCCCAGGACAUCCAGUGCCGAUCAGAGAAGGCGCCGGACACGCGUCUGGAGGACCUGGGGCAGGUGGUCCAGUGCAACGUGAGCUUCGGGCUGGUGUGCCGCAACCGGGAGCAGCCGGGGCCGCUGCGCUACUGCCACAACUACCACGUGCGCCUGCUGUGCUGUGAGGACAAUGGCCACUGCCCCCCUGCCACCUCCACCUCCACGGCCUCCUCUUCGGCACCACAGACCCCCCGCACGCCAGUGACGCCCACCACGAGGACCACCACUGUUUUCCCCUCCGUGCCCAUAUUCCACAUUUCCACGGUCUCCACAGGCCGCCCCCGCAGCAGUGAGUCCCCAACCUGGCACCCCGGGACCUCGCCGGGACAGCCCAGCACACUGCCCAGCACAGCACAUGCCAUCUCCAGCUCAGGAGCCAGCACCAGAGCCUCCCUGUCGCCCCCCACGCCUGAGGCCACCAGCUCUCCGUGGAGCACCGUGCGCCUCUCUGCGGCCUCCUCCCUGUCCCCAGAGACCACCCACAUCUUGCCACCAGUUACCAUGUCCACUGUAUCCUCCGCUGUGCUCACUACCCCGAGGCCCGCCUCAUCCCCCAGCUCCCACUUCACCACUGGCUGCCUCUGCCAGGCGUUUGGGCAGCUCUUCUCCCCUGGGGACGUCGUCUACAACAAGACGGACAGAGCAGGCUGCCACUUCUACGCCAUCUGCAACCAGCGCUGUGACAUUGACCGCUUCCAGGGCACCUGCCCCACCACCUCGCCCCCGGAGUCCUCAGCCUCUACGCCCCCGGAGUCUUCAGUCUCUACACCCCGGGAGUCCUCAGUCUCUACCCCCCCAGAGUCCUCGGCCUCUACGUCCCCAACCACCCCAGCCGCGGUUUGCGACCUCAUUGUCCCUCCCCGACAGGUAAACGAGUCCUGGACCCUGUCAGACUGCACCAGGGCGCGGUGUGAAGGCUACAACCAUGUGAUCCUCCUGGGGCGCAAACCAGUGCCCAGCAUCCACUGUGUGAACGGGCACCAACCGGUCAAAGUGUGGUCAGAGAGUGAUCCCUGUGACUUCUACUUCGAGUGCGAGUGCUCCUGCAGAGGCUGGGGGGACUCUCACUACACCACCUUCGACGGCACCUCCUACUCCUUUCUGGACAACUGCACCCAUGUGCUCAUGAAGGAGAUCCACCCACGGCAUGGAAACCUCAGCAUCUACAUGAACAACUACUACUGCAGGGCCCCUGCAGCCACUGCCCACUGUCCCCGUGCCCUCAGCAUCCACUACAAGUCCACAGAGGUCAUCCUCACCAUCAGCAUCGACGCCAGCGGGCAGGAGCAAAGCCUGAUCCUGUUCGACCAAAUACAAGUGAGCUCCGGCUUCAGCAAGAACGGCAUGAGUGUGUCUGUGACAGGGACCACCACCAUGGGCAUCGACAUUCCUGCCAUUGGCGUGAACAUCACCUUCGAUGGGCACCUCUUCCAGAUCCGACUGUCCUACAGCCACUUCAGCCACAACACCGAGGGCCAGUGCGGCACCUGCACCAACAACCAGAAUGAUGACUGCCGCCAGCCAGACGGCACCAUGGCCCCCAGCUGCCAGCACAUGGCCCUCAGCUGGCUGGUCCCCGAGAGCAACAGGGAGGACUGCUGGGCACCCACCAGCCCACCCCCGACGGCAGGCACCCUGCCCUCAGCACCCACCACGCCCACCCCCACCCCCUGCCCCCCAGCGCCCCUCUGCGAACUGAUACUGAGCCCGGUCUUCGCAGAGUGCCAUGACCUCAUCCCACCUGGCCCAUUCGUCAGCUCCUGUGUCAGCGACAGCUGCCAACCCGACCGGCCCCAGGUGCUGUGCCAGAGCCUAGAGGCCUACGCAGCCCUCUGCCGUGCCCGGGGCGUGUGCAGCAGCUGGAGGAACGCCACCGACGGGCUGUGCAAUUUCACCUGCCCGCCUGACAAGGUGUACCAGCCGUGCGGCCCCGCACAGCCUGCGUCCUGUGACCUCAGGAGCCAGAGCGGAGCAGGCAGUGGGCUAGCAGAGGGCUGCUUCUGCCCUGACGGACACACCCUCUUCAACACGCACACAAACGUCUGUGUGCGUGAGUGCGCCUGCGUGGGACCAGAUGGGUUUCCCAAAUCUCCUGGGGAGCGGUGGGUCAGCGACUGCCAGGACUGCAUAUGCCACCCGGGCUCCAUAUCGGUGCAGUGCACGCGACUGCCGUGCAAAGCCCAGGACCCGCCCCCGCAAUGCAGUGGGGCUGGCUUCGUGGCCAUCACCAGGCCUCUGGGCAACAACUCAUGCUGUCUGGAGACGCUGUGCGUCUGCAACACAACCACCUGCACCCAGAGCCCACCCACAUGUGGGCCAGCAGAGGAGCUGGUCCGCACCCAGAAGGAGGAUGCCUGCUGCCCUACCUUCAGCUGCCGACCUCAGCUGUGCUUCUACAAUCACACUUUCUUUGGGGUUGGUGCCACCUUCCCAUCAGUCACUCCCUGCCACACGUGCACCUGCCUGUCCAUGGACACCCAGGGCCCAAUUGUGCAGUGUGAAGAGAACACCUGUAACACCACCUGCCGCCAGGGCUACGAGCACCGGAAGGUGGCCGGACAGUGCUGUGGGGAGUGCGUGCAGACAGCCUGUCCCACUUCUGAUGGCUGGCUGAUCCAGCCCAAUGAAACCUGGGUCAACCCCCUCCUGGACAACUGCACGGAGUACCGCUGCGAGGUCCAGAAUGGGCUCCACGUGCUCACUCAGAGGCCCACGCCCUGCCCGGUGGUGUCCAGCUGUGAGGGCAUCCUCAGGAAAAUAGGCUGCUGCUACUCCUGUGAGGAAGUGGACAAGUGCCAAGUCCGCGUCAACACGACGGUCCUGACACACCAGGGCUGUGCCACCCAUGCCCCAGUCAACGUCACGUUCUGCGAGGGCUCAUGCCCCGGAGUGUCCAAGUACUCCAUGGAGGCCCAGGCUAUGGAGCAUCAGUGCACCUGCUGCCAGGAGACAGUGGUUCACGAGGAGGUGGUGACCAUGCAGUGUCCCGAUGGGACAGCCGUCCAGCACACCUACACCCACGUGGACAAGUGCAGCUGUGCCCCGUCCUGCAGCCCCUCACCCAAGGCUCCCGAGGACAGCACCCCCGUCUUCCCAGUCUAG